AUUUAUUAUUCAUGCAACAUAAAGAAGACUCAGAUAUUAAUGAAACUAAUGAUAAUUAAAGUUAUCAAGAAUUUACCUAAUUUGAUGAAAUUUUAUCAUAUAUAGGGUUUAGUAAAUAAAUGUCAAUAAUUAAAAUUUUUAGAAAAAUACUAAAUAUAUGUCUUUAUUAUAGUUGGACUAAUUGGUAUGUGUGAUGGAGGAGAGACAUAAGCAAUAUCAAUUGUAUUUCCUAUUUUGGAAAAAGAAUGGAAUGUUAGUGAUUCAUAAAAAAGUCUUUUAGGAUCCUUAAUAUAUAUAGGAUACUUCAUAGGAUCUCUAUUUUCUGGUGUAUUUGCUGAUAAUUAUGGUAGAAGAUCAUCAUUAUUAUGGUCAUCAGGAAUAAUGUUUAUGUGUGCAAUAAUAGGUGCAUUCAUGCCAAAUUUUAUUUCUUAUAUGAUAUUCGUAUGACAUAAAUCUAUUGUAGAGAAUAUUGUUAGUAACAUGUGUUGGAUUUAUUAUUCCAGUUUCAUUUAGUAUGUUAGCAGAAAAUACACCUUUAAAGAGUAGAGGGAUAGUUUUGGUUACAAUAGGAUUUUUUUAUACGGCUGGAGAGUAAAAUAAUAUAUAAAAUAUAUAGAUUGACUGUGUGUUUAUUAACAUAUAUAUUUAUGCCAAAUUUAGUUUCAGGAAAUUGGAGAGCAGUACUUUGUUGGGCAUCAGCUCCAGCAUUACUAACAUUAUUGAUAUCGAAUUUUCUAUUAUUAGAAAGUCCUAGAUAUCAUUUAAUAAAAGGAAAUGUAAGUGAAGCUUCUAAAGUGAUUAAUAAGAUAUUUCGAUUAAAUAAUAAAGUACCAGUUUUAAUACCUAUUAAUACUUAUUAAAAUAUUUCAUAAGAUUUAAUAAAAUAAGAGAAAGAGGAAUAAGGAUUGUAAGAAGAUUUGAAAGACAAAUCAUUUUUAAUGUCAUAUUUUAUUUAAUUUAAAAAGCUUUUAAAAAAUCAAUUUGUGAGGAUAACUUUAAUAGUUUGGUAUUAAUGGUUUGUAAAUACAUUUGUAUAUGCAGGAGUGACCUUUUUAUUACCAUUAACAUUAUAAAAGUUAAAUCCUGAUGAACCAUAAUAAGAUGAUAUUGAAGAUUUGACAGUGAUAACAUUGAGUUGUCUUGGUGAAAUUCCAGUAAUAUUUGUAGCUAUGAUUAUUGUUAAUAUAAGGAUAUUUGGAAGAAAGAAUUCCUUAUUUUUAUCUUAUUUUGGAGUGGGUUUAGUGGGUUUGCUUAUUGCAUUUAUAGCAAAAGGAGGUUAUUUCUUUGCUUCCAUGAUAUUCUUCUUAAAGAUGUUUAUAAGUUUCUCAUUUACUGUUUCUUAUUAAUUUGUUAGUGAACUUUAUCCAACUUAUAUGAGAGCUAGUGGAUUAGGGUUUGCAUCAUCAGUAGGAAGAUUAGGCAGUAUUAUUAUGCCAUGGAUUGUUGUAUAUAUAAAUGAUAUAGGUACAUUUUUAUCUUAUGGUAUCUUUGGAGUUAUUGCUAUUCUAGCUUCUAUUGCUACUCUUUUAUUACCAUUUGAUACUUAUUUAAGAGAAUUAGAUAAAAUUGUUACAAAAUAAUGA